AUGAAUUCCUCCAGCUUAGUUGAAUCUUUUUCUCCAUUAUACCUAGCCGUGCAAUCAUACCCUCCACUAACUAUUACUGGCUUCCGUUUAGAGUCCUCAGAUCAUGAGGUCGAAUACGACAAUGGCAUACCCAGUGUUAUGAGUGAAUCCCCAUUUACUAUAAGAAUUUUUGGAUUGGGAAUUACCGAAAAUACUGUGAUAGCGUUUACAACUGAAGUCAAAGAGGCCGGAACUUAUUGCCAAUUUCCGGCUACAUUAUUGCACAAAGUUAUUAAUGGUACGGUAACGGGCAAUACGGCCCUCUAUGAAGCAUCUUUACCGAAGGGCAAAAAGGAUUUUUAUAUUUGUGCUAAAAAUGAUGUCAAUGCUUUUCGUGAUGAGGACGUAGAAAAUCCCAUACCCCUUCUGCACCAAUGCAAGGAUUCGUGGUGCAUUGUACGCAGUCACGAAAGUUUACUGCCCCUAUGGGUGUCCAUAGUUAUUAUUUUGAUUUGUUUGUGCUUCUCGGCUCUCUUUUCGGGCUUGAAUUUGGGUCUGAUGGCUUUAGAUCGCACCGAGUUGAAGAUUUUGCGGAAUACUGGCUCGGACAAGGAACGUGAAUAUGCCAAGAAAAUCCAACCAGUAAGAGAUCAAGGUAAUUACCUGUUGUGCAGUAUCUUGUUGGGUAAUGUGUUGGUUAACUCGACAUUUACAAUUCUCUUGGAUGGCUUAACUUCCGGUCUAAUUGCUGUGGUUUUCUCUACCCUUGCUAUCGUCAUUUUUGGUGAAAUUACACCACAGGCAAUAUGUUCCAGACAUGGCUUGGCGGUUGGUGCCAAAACGAUUUUAAUUACCAAAUUCAUUAUGCUUAUUACCUUCCCGUUGUCCUAUCCCACAUCGAAAAUAUUGGACGUUUUGUUGGGUGAAGAAAUUGGUAACGUCUAUAAUCGUGAACGUCUUAAGGAAUUGGUUAAGGUCACUACAGGUAUCAACGAUUUGGACAAAAACGAGGUCAAUAUCAUAUCUGGUGCACUCGAGUUGCGCAAGAAGACUGUUGCCGAUGUUAUGACACAUAUCGAUGAUGCUUUUAUGCUGCCUUUAGAUGCAACGUUGGAUUUCGAAACUGUAUCGGAAAUUAUGAAAUCUGGUUUCUCUCGUAUACCGGUUUACGAUGGCGAUCGUAAAAACAUUAUUACCUUAUUGUACAUAAAAGAUUUGGCCUUUGUUGAUCCUGACGACAAUACCCCAUUGAAGACAUUGUGUGAAUUCUAUCAAAAUCCUGUUCAUUUUGUAUUCGAAGAUUAUACACUUGACGUUAUGUUCAAUCAAUUUAAAGAUGGCACAAUUGGACAUUUGGCGUUUGUACAUCGUGUUAACAAUGAAGGCGAUGGUGAUCCUUUCUAUGAGACAAUUGGUUUGGUAACUUUGGAAGAUGUUAUCGAAGAAUUGAUUCAGGCAGAAAUUGUUGACGAAACCGAUGUAUUUGUUGAUAAUCGUACCAAAGUUAAACGUAAUCGCAAUAAAAAACAAGAUUUCACUGUAUUUGCCGAGCGUCGCGAAAACCAAACCAUUCGCAUAUCGCCCCAAUUGACUCUGGCUACAUACCAAUUCCUAAGUACUUCAAUUGAUGCCUUCAAAAAGGAAUUAAUAUCCGAACAAAUAUUACGCCGUCUUUUGAACCAGGACAUAGUUCACAGUAUUAAAUGCAAAGGAAAGGAAAAAGACGAUCCUUCCCUUUUCAUCUUCCAACAAAACAAAGCGGUCGACUUCUUCGUACUUAUCUUAGAGGGUCGUGUUGAGGUUACGGUUGGUAAGGAGUCAUUGCUCUUCGAAAGUGGUCCAUUCACCUAUUUCGGCACCCAAGCUUUAGUAUCUAAUGUGGUUGUUGAUUCUCCCUCUCAAAUGGGCUCAUUGCAGUCACUAACACUGGAUUCUAAAGUACGUCAGACAUUUGUACCUGAUUAUUCAGUCCGUGCUGUUACAGAUGUCAUAUAUAUUGCCAUCAAACGAAACUUAUACUUAACAGCUAAAAAGGCUACUUUGUUGGAGAAAUCUCGAAAAUCGGGUGCUGAACCUAGUACGGCUGAAUUCGAUGAUGAAGUAGAAAAGCUAUUACACUCUAUACAUGAGGAUGAUAGACCACAUCAUAUACGCAGUAAUCAAAGUAUACGUAAAGGAUCUACGGCAGUGGGUAGUAAUACAGCCUCGCCAUCUUUUAAUGACUUUUCUUCACAGCAUAGUCGAAGUAUACUAGCAGCCGUUAACCAACCUAAUUCUGGUAGCAAUAGUGGUGAUAUCAAUGAUGCCGUUUCCCUAAGUAGUCUAAUGACUUCUGAGGCUGCAGCAGCCGAUUUUAAUAACGCAGCUGCUCGACGCAGCAGUACCGGCGACAAUACAAGCCAUGCUAACAACUGUGAAAAAGUUAACAACAAUGACGUAGUUACUACACCGUUGUUGCCUAAAACCAACAAUACUAAUGGAAAAUAA